GCCUUACACAAGCUACUUCUCCGCCAUUCUUAGGUAACAUACCGGUGCCGUGUUAAGUCUUCGUGGUUGUAGUCGUAAUGGGCUUGCGUUGAGGAAAACCUGCACUAAUCUCCAGUCAAUUUGCCGAGAGCAGUGCUCCUGAGUCAUUCCGGGCAUGGAUCGACGUCGGCCGGUUCUUCGAAGGAAGGAGGUGUCUCCGUAGGCUCAAGGAGAGUCAAAGUCCAAAAAGGAAUGUCCAAAAUGUGUAUAUAUAUCUGGCUCGAGGACCUCAUCUUCCCUCAUCUCGACAUCCACAGCAGUCAUCCAGAUCAGAGUCAAGCCACCACCUAAUUCUUCAACAUCACAUCUUACAACUCUCAAAAUGAAGGGAAUCGUCGCUUUCUUCCUCCUCGGCCUCGCCAUUGCCGCUCCUGUUGCUGAACCUCAGGAGUCAGACCUCCCCUCUGACUUCCCCUCUGGUUUCCCAUCCGGUUUCCCCUCCGGUCUACCUUCUGGUCUACCUACUCUCUCUGGAUCUGACUUCCCCCGCCCUACUGGUUUCCCAAGUGGUUUCCCCGGUGGCUCAGACCGACCUCGUCCCACUGGUCGUCCUAGCCACUCUGGUGGCCCUCGCCCUACCGGAGGCCCUCGUCCCACCGGUGGUCCCCGACCCACUGGCCGCCCUACUGGCGUUCCCAGCGGUUUCCCUACCGGCAGCGACUUCCCUGUCCCAACUAGCUCUGCUUAAAUAUGCUCUGCGCAUAAAGUGUAUACUAAAUUCUUGGCGGCCCGAUAGGGGUGAUGUUGCAAGAAUCGCCCGCAUUGGUGAAAUAAAUUCGGGGAUUAUUUCUCCUAUAAGGGCCGAAAGGAUUCUAAAACUAGGAUGGGAUGGGAAUGGGAUUUAACCUUCUAAAUUUACAAGAUCAAACAAUCCGCUGGGGUGUUUCGGUACCGAGCAGUAUUCUUGUAUCUAUUCAAUUCUCUAGUCGAACUAGAUUGUUAUAUAUUGGGAACGUCUGAUGUUUUGUCUUUCACAUA